UUGGGAUUAGCGAGGGGGAUUUAGUGAGUGAGAGCCUCUGUGCUUUUGGGAAGGGAAGGGAAGGGAAGGGAGGAGGAAAGGUAAAGUAAAGGGGUGUCUUGCCUGGACGUUGAUCGUUUCUGAAUGGCCAAUCUCUCGGAGACGUCUUGCGGCUGCUGAUCGAUACCGAAAGCUCUCCGGCGGUGCGCGAUAAUGGCGACGGAUUCGCUCAAGUGCUUGCCCAGAACGGAGGGGGCAAGUUCGUUGGCGAUCAGGCAAUUGGCAGGGACUCCAGACAGCGGGAGCGAAGAGGGGGACAGUGAGAGGCUGAGGACAGGCAAGUCGGAUGACUCGGGCUCUGAGGAAGCUUCGGCCAAGAAGAAACAACGCCGUCAGAGGACCCACUUCACCAGCCAACAGCUCCAGGAAUUGGAGGCCACCUUCCAGCGCAACCGCUACCCCGACAUGUCCACCCGCGAGGAGAUCGCUGUGUGGACCAGUCUGAGCGAGGCGAGGAUCAGGGUGUGGUUUAAGAACCGCAGAGCCAAGUGGAGAAAGCGAGAGCGCCACCAACAAGCCGAGUUCUGCAAGUCUGGCUUCGGGGCUCAGUUAAGUGGCUUGGUGCCGCCUUAUGAGGACAUGUACUCAGGCUAUCCCUAUAACAAUUGGGCGGCCAAAGGGCUGACGGCCAGCCCCAUCUCCAAGGGCUUUUCCUUCUUCAACUCAGUGAAUGUCACCUCGGUGUCCUCUCAAGCCAUGUUCCCACCUCCCAACUCCAUGACUAUGGUCCCCACUUCUCUACCCGGCUCUGGGUUGAAUAACUUGGGAGGAGCUUCACUCAACCCAACCAUGGCCUCUGGCUCGCCCUGCUCUUAUGGGGCAACUUCAAGCCCCUAUGUCUACCGAGAUGGUUGCAACUCAAGCCUGGCCAGUCUGAGACUCCGAGCAAAGCAUCAUUCUUCCACUUUUAGCUACGGGGCCAUGCAGAACACAGCCCCCAACCUCAGCCCUUGUCAGUAUGCUGUGGAUCGACCUGUGUAAAAUCAUCUGGUUACAAUAGUGUGUGUGUGAGAGAGAGAGAAAGAGAGAGUAUGUGAACAUGCUCUUAAGCAGUGAAUUGGGUGAAAUCGACAUGUGUCAAUUUCACUGGAGUCGAGUUUAGUCUAUUUCACUUCCCUCUUUUCUCCCACCUCCAAAAAAAAUACUAGUUAUCUCUGAAUUUGGGGUGAUUUGUUCACAAGUUAGCCAGCAAAACAUUCCCCUGACUAAACCAGAGCAUUGUAAAACACAGAUCCCGCAAGUUUAUACACAGUUAAUUGUCACCACAAAACAUACGAGGGGAGAAAACGUCAGUUUCACUCUUAAUGAGGACUUUUUCUUUUACAAAAAAUACAUAUAUACAUUAAAAAUCGUUCGCUCAAUGGAUCGAACAGUUUAAGAGGAAAAUACAGGCUAAAUCGUUUGAGAAUUUGGGUGGAAUUAACUAACUUGAGGUGUUGUGUGGAGAGAAAGCCCAAAAAAAAACAAUUUGAGAAAAAGAAAUCAAAAUUAUUGGUUUGAAAGGAUAAGAAUAUUUGUAUAUAGGUGAAUAAUUCGGUGCUCUGGCUCGGAUUAAAAUAUUUGGGAGGGUGUUUUGAGAUUUGCUCAAGAUAUUUUUGUGUGUGAUGGGUGUGAGUGGUGGGGGGGGGUG